AUGCCGCAGCUGAUCAACGCUGCCACCACUCAUCUUCGAAUCAAUUCAUUUGAGUUGAAAUUGUUGAAUUUUUUCCAUGCAGCAUGCGUGCCACUUUUUUCAUUCAAUGUAGACAAAGAAUCGCACGAGAUCUGGGAUGUGGGGAUUCGGCCGCACUUUGUAUCGUCUGGAUGCGUUCGAAAUGGCGUUUUCGCCGUGGCAUGCCUCAUGCUCUGGCCGCGGCAGAAUGUGCAGAAAUCGCUUACGAUGGAAAAGCCGCCGACAUUUUUGUCAAAAAGACAUGACAAAAAAGACUUUGCGCACGUCUAUCGGCCAGUGGGCGAGGGCGACCAUCCAGAAGAGAACUUGCUCGCGACCACGGUGCGAUACUUCGAUCAAAACCUAACUUGUACCCAGGCUCAUAUCCAGGAGAUUCACCUGCAGCCGUUCUAUACUGCGACGCAGGUCAACCCGCUAUUUUACAACGGUAGCUUGACAUAUGUGUAUGUGGGUCUCAAUCCGAACAUCGUCAUGCCGUUCUUUGACCCGUACUCCGAGACGCCCAUGGAUCUUUUGCAGUAUGCUGUUAACUACACCCAGCUCUUUGCCGGUGCAAUCCGAGAUAAUCCGCUUUUGCCGCAUAUGGGAGAUCCGUUGGUGCACUAUAGAGUAAAGCAGUUUGUGAAUUUCGAGCGGCGGACCAAGAAGAGUAACUUUGUUCAGAAGUUGCGCUAUCAGCUCACAAAAUUCUACUACGGCGAUACCGCGUUUCUCGAGAUCACCUCGCGUAGUUGCUACGAAUACGCUGUGUUUGAUGAGCACCUAAAUUAUUUGGAAUUCGUCGUCACCGAAGCCAGAAGACUCGGAAUACCUGUUCCCAUCUUCGAGUGGCCGUUCACGGUCAGCAAAAACUUCGUGCAAUUGGCGCGCCAGCACAAUGAGUUCGCUCUACGGAUUCUUUUAGCUUUUGCAAGUCUCAGCUUGUAUUCGGGGUUUUUUCUUAUAAAAACUAGUAAUCUCUGGCUUCAUUACAUCCAGUGGUUCACCAGCAGAGAGCUUCCUAUAUGCGAUUUUGAUGCUCGUCUCCUAGAGAUCGUUUUGGCAGACUUCAAGCCUGACCUCACCAAUUUUGGUCCAUUUUUGGAGAGGUUUGAAAAUAUGUGGGCAGAUAUAUCUCCCGAAGAGCAAGAGGUCUUAGACGUUGAAAAUCUGGCCGGUCUUUUUCCCAUCAUGUGA